CUCCGUGUUUUUAUAUCUGCAGAAUAUUUGGUGUUUUUCUUUUUUAAAGAAACAAACAUAAGGUCUUUCUUCUCUCUCUCUUUCCUAUUUUCUCUUUAUGUUGGAGUUUGCAUCUCAUGGUUGUAAUAAAUGUUUUUCCUUUUAUUGGAUAAAAAUGAAAAUGUUUCUGGUUCUGUGGAGCUUCUGUAAUCAGCUGUAGACAUUUGGCUGAUUCUCAGCUGUUUUUUGAGCUUCUUCAGUUUGUAAAAAGACAUAUAAUGUUGAAAAAGUUCAAAUCAUGAAAUAAACCAAACUUUCUGUGGAGCAGGUGUUAUCAUAAAGGUGGACAGGUGAGGAGGACCUCUGCAGAAACAGCUCCACCUGCUGGUCAGAGUUCAGACCCAUCAGAGCAGCUGAUGACCCUGUUGCCAUGGUGACGUCACUGCGAUGAAAGGACAGCUGUUUUCAACAAUCUGUCUGUGCCCCCACCCCACCCCCCACCAUGGAGACCCGGGUCCAUAAAGCAUCAAAGAGCGGUUGUCUUCCCGUCCUGUGAGUCGCAGAGGGACAGGCAGCUGACGGCGGCGUUCCAGAGCAGGAGCCCGCGGCGAUAGAGGAGGAGAGCAGGAGGAGCGAGGAGGAGGGAGGUUCAGGGAGGACUCUGGAGAGGCGGGAUCACGCUGCAGAAACAUUACAGCUCCAUCCUAGAGCCGACCAGAACCAUCGAGAAUCAGAACCGGAACUCUGAUGACAGACCAGCAGAAAUCAACAAAGAGGAUUGGCUCCUCCGUGUACAUGUCAGUCCAAACCCCCAGCAGCGCCGCUGCUCGGCCCACUGCAGGUUUCGGACUGAAGGUGGACGAGAGGCUGAAAGCAGCGAAAGAACGAAGAGAGGAGCAGCAGAGGUUACUUGCCUCCCGGGAGCAGAGCCGGAUGGAGCGGGAGCAGCGCGCCCGACGAUACUACCAACAACAACUGCAGGAGCGCAGGAAGAAGCUGCUGGAGCAACGGCAGAAGGAGGAGCGGAGACGAGCGGCGGUGGAGGAGAAGCGCCGGCUGAGGCUGCAGGAGGAGCAGGAGCGAUUUGAAUCUGCCGUCCGGAAGACGCUGGAGAAGAGCCGGAAAGGAAGGAAGUCCAAGAAGGACGGUUCAGGUCGCUCCGUGGUUCCUGUCGUCACACCAGUCCACAAAUACCAGGAGCUCAGGCCCUCGAUCCCGCUGAGCUCCACCCACAACCAGCAGAGGGUCACCUGUGCCGGACAGACCAAAGCAGCACAAAGACCAGAUCCUCAGAAAAAGAGCUCAAGCAUGAAAGCAGCUUCAAACCAUCAUAGGACCCCCAUCUCCGCCCCCCCAGAACGACCCCCCCAGGUUCGGAGCAGCCGCCCCCACCCACUGCGUGUUCAUCUCAUGUCCGUUCCAAGGGAGGAGCCACCCAAGCCUGUGGUCAGACCAGACAGGAAUCAGCUGCUCCGACUGAAAACAGAGAUGGCUCCGGUCAGUCCAAGUCCAGACCCCCCCACCCAGCAGAGGGGGGUCAGAGCAGUGAGAGCUGAAA